UUAACGGUUAGAUCUCAAAACCUACUAAUUACCUCCAACUCUUCUCUCACAAUAUAAAUGGUGGAAUUGUUUUGUGAAUCAAGCAUUGGACUUGAAUACCAAUAGAGUGAUCUAAUCCGUCAGUAAUGGAAUCUUCUUCCUGUUCCCUGUCAUCCUCUUUCAUUCCCAAAUUCUCAGUAAUCACCACAAAAACCCCAUUAUUACUUCCCCCUUUCUUCACCAUUUCUUCUGUCAAAACUGACGACCGCCCGGAGCUCGCUGCAAGAACUCAAUCUCAGCCCUUGAUCAAGAGAUCCGCCACCGUCCCCGCCGCCGCCGCCGCCCCGCCUUCAUCGACCAUCCCGCCGCCGCUGCCGGCCACCAUUUUAAACGCAUUCGACAGCUUUAUCAACUGCUUCAUCGACCCUCCCCGGAAGUCCUCCGUCGACCCGAGGUAUGUCCUGUCCGACAACUGGGCUCCGGUGGACGAGCUGCCUCCCACCGAAUGCCAAGUCCUGGAAGGCUCUCUGCCGCCGUGCCUCGACGGCGCGUACAUCCGCAACGGCCCUAACCCUCAGUUCCUCCCCCGAGGUCCGUACCAUCUCUUCGACGGCGACGGCAUGGUCCACGCGAUUAGGAUUUCCAGAGGGAAGGCUACGCUCUGCAGCCGCUACGUGAAGACGUAUAAAUACAAAAUCGAGCGGGAAAGAGGCUUCCCCGUCGUCCCCAACGUCUUCUCCGGCUUUAAUGGCAUCUCCGCCAUGGUGGCGCGCGGCGCCGUCGCCGCCGCCCGAAUUAUCGCCGGCCAAUUCAAUCCGACCAAUGGCUUUGGCUUGGCGAACACUAGUCUGGCUCUGAUUGGCGGACGCCUCUACGCUUUAGGCGAAUCCGAUCUUCCUUACGCCAUUAAAGUAGAUCGAAACGGCGACGUUCAGACCCUCGGCCGCCAUGAUUUCAACGGAAAGCUCGCGAUCAGCAUGACGGCGCACCCUAAACUCGACCCCGAAACCGGCGAAACCUUCGCCUUCCGGUACGGUCCGGUGCCUCCGUUCCUCAAUUUUUUCAGAGUGAACGCCGACGGAGAGAAACUGCCUGAUGUUCCGGUUUUCUCCAUGACGAGCCCUAGUUUUCUCCACGAUUUCGCCAUUACCAAAAAAUACGCAAUUUUCAACGAAAUUCAGAUCGGCAUGAAUCCGAUCCAGAUGGUGUCCGGCGGAUCUCCGGUGGCGGCGAACCCUGGGAAAGUUCCCAGGAUCGGAAUUCUACCUCGGUACGCUAAGGACGAGUCCGAAAUGCGGUGGUUUGAGGUGCCGGGGUUCAACAUGAUCCACGCAAUCAACGCCUGGGAUGAAGACGACGGAGACACGGUGGUGCUGGUGGCGCCGAACAUCCUGUCGGUGGAGCACACUCUGGAGAGGAUGGAUCUGAUUCACGCGUCUGUUGAGAAAGUGAAAAUCGACGUGAAGUCCGGCACGGUUUCCCGGCAGCCGAUCUCCGCCAUGAAUUUGGACUUCGGAGUUAUGAAUCCUCAGUUCGUCGGGAGGAAGAACAAGUAUAUAUAUGCCGGAGUUGGCGAUCCAUGGCCAAACGUUUCAGGCGUGGUCAAGCUGGACAUCUCCGUAUCUGGCCGCGACUGUAUAUCGGCGACUAGAAUGUUCGGCUCCGGUUGCUUUUCCGGCGAGCCAUUUUUCGUGCCGAGCAACAACGCCUGCGACGAGGACGAUGGAUAUAUUGUUACGUACGUGCACAACGAGAAUACAGGGGAGUCGAAAUUCCUAGUGAUGGAUGCUAAGUCCCCGAAUCUCGAGACGGUGGCUGCUGUCCGGCUGCCCCGCCGCGUCCCCUACGGCUUCCACGGCCUCUUCGUCGGAGAAGCCGACCUCGACAAAUUCUAAUUACCGGUACAUAUAUAUGUAUACUCGUAAUAAAACUAUUGUAUAUAAUACAGUUAUUUGAUCCAAUUAGCAUAUAUAUAUAUUACAUAUUUCUACGUAAUAAAAUAUAUAUUGUAUUAUAAAUAUAUAUAUAUAUAUAUAUUAAUUGGGUCAAAUAAAAUAGACUUAUUUUUCAAUGGGCAUUGUAAUUAAUUUAAUUUCAAACGA